AUGAAGAGUGAUAAGGAAAUUGUUAGCAAGCUUCUGGGAUUUGAUGACUUUGUCAAUACAUCACUGGAAGAUGUCACUGAGUUUGAAGUCAUACCAGGAGGAAGAAGGGUUACUAAAUUAGACCGGGUUUUGCUAAAUGGGACUACUGUAAUGGUGCUGGUUCCUGGAGAAGAAGGACCUGAAAUAUGA